AUGCUCCCCACUCCGUGCACAUCCCACGUCUCCUUCGACACCAUCUACGAACCCUCCGAGGAUUCCUACCUCUUCCUCGACACCCUUGCCUCGCCGUCCGAAUCAGCAUGGCUCACGCAGCGCUUCAACACGACCCCCUCGUCCCCAGACCAAUCCACCGCCUCGCCCCUCGUCGUUGAGCUUGGAACCGGCUCGGGCGUCGUGCUAGGCUUCGUAGCAGCCAAUUCGCAAGUGAUCUUCGGACGGCGCGAUAUCCUCCCUCUAGGGAUAGACGUGAAUCGGAAUGCCUGCAUCGCGACCCGUGAAACAGCCAAUAAAGCAAUCAAAGAACGACAGACCGAUAAUGAAUCGGAAGAGCCCAACGGUCAGAAGACGGUAUAUCUGUCCUCGGUCAUGGCCGAUCUAGGGAGCGCCCUUCGCCCAGGAAGUGUGGAUGUACUUCUAUUCAAUCCGCCGUAUGUGCCCAGUGAGGAGCUGCCCCGGUUACCCGCCGUCACGGAACAGGAUGUCGACGAGGCGGGGAUGUCGCGGUCUGCGAAGUUUGAGCGCGACUCGUACUUCUUGUCGCUGAUGUAUGCUGGGGGAAGAGAUGGGAUGGAGACGACGGAUCGGUUGUUGGAGGAGAUUCCGGGGCUGUUGACUCCUGGCCGUGGGGUGGCAUAUGUGCUGUUCUGUGCGCAGAAUCGGCCGCAGGAGGUCAAAGAGAGGAUCAGGGCUUGGGGGGAUGGAUGGCAGGCAGAGACAGUUGGGAACAGUGGUCAGCAGGCUGGGUGGGAGAAGUUGGUUAUUGUUCGGAUAUGGAAGGAAACGUCGUGA